AUGUUCCAGGAGGAUGGUAAGCUUCGCUUCAUCGAAGGGGUGGAGACCGAGGGCACAAGCGUUCACGAUGGCAGCUAUGAGGUGAAGCAGGAUGUCCUUGUCAACAAAUUCAAGAAGUUUGUCAGGGAGUUUGCGUGCUCCCCCAAGCAUGGCCUUCGGUUGAAAUACCGAGAGCAGUUCAAGGCCAACUGUGAUGAUCGCAACUAUCGUUUAGAGGUGCCACGCCUCCUCUCCCCAGCCGCAGCCCUUGGCUCUCUUGGCUCUGGAGCGUCGUCUGGAACUGCGCGCGCAGCCGUGGUCGUUCUCGCAGCUGUUUCGGCCUUUCAGACAGGAAUUGGUGAGGAAUUGUCUUGA